UUCGUAAAAUAAUAAUAACAAUUCCCGGAGAGCUCCCCUUUCUCUUCCUUGCGGCGCUCUGUGAUGACGUAAUCGGCGGCCGCCCGGGUGGUGCUGCUGCUGAUCCUGCUGGAGGCCUCUAUGGUCUUUACCUCCCGAGUUAAAACACUGAGUAGAGCGGACACGCCGGCCGGCACAGACACUAUAGAGGGCGGCCGGAGACGGUCACUGCUGGAGGGUCCAGGAGGCAGAGAGGAAGCGGCAGGACAGGGAGGAGGAGGAGGAGGAGGAGGACAGAGCCGGGAGCCGAGCCCAUACAAUGACAUCCAGGAGAUGGUUCCACCCAAAUAUCACAGGUGUUGAAGCAGAAAAUCUCCUGUUAACACGUGGCGUUGAUGGGAGUUUCUUGGCUCGUCCCAGUAAGAGUAACCCAGGGGAUUUUACACUUUCAGUGAGACGAAACGGAGCUGUAACUCAUAUAAAGAUCCAGAACACUGGAGACUACUAUGACUUGUAUGGAGGGGAGAAGUUUGCUACACUGGCUGAACUUGUCCAGUAUUACAUGGAACAUCAUGGGCAACUUAAGGAAAAGAAUGGGGAUGUUAUUGAGUUGAAAUAUCCACUAAAUUGUGCAGAUCCCACGUCUGAGAGGUGGUUCCAUGGGCAUCUUUCUGGAAAAGAAGCUGAAAAGCUACUAACAGAAAAGGGUAAGCAUGGAAGUUUCCUGGUGCGGGAAAGCCAAAGUCAUCCUGGAGACUUUGUCCUAUCUGUACGCACGGGAGAUGACAAAGGAGAAAGCAACGAUGGCAAGUCCAAAGUGACCCAUGUCAUGAUCCGAUGCCAGGAUCUGAAAUAUGAUGUUGGUGGGGGAGAGAAGUUUGACUCUCUGACAGAUCUUGUGGAACAUUAUAAGAAAAACCCUAUGGUGGAGACGCUUGGGACAGUAUUACAGCUGAAACAGCCCUUGAAUACAACACGUAUCAACGCUGCAGAAAUUGAAAGUCGGGUAAAGGAACUGAGCAAGCCAGCAGAGACUGCAGAUAAAUUUAAGCAGGGCUUUUGGGAAGAAUUUGAGACAUUGCAACAGCAGGAGUGCAAACUUCUGUACAGCCGCAAAGAGGGACAGAGGCCUGAAAACAAAAACAAGAACCGUUACAAGAAUAUCUUACCCUUUGAUCACACAAGGGUUGUUCUUCAUGAUGGAGAUCCCAAUGAACAGGUGUCUGAUUACAUCAAUGCCAAUACAAUUAUGGAUCCACUUCUCUAUAAUGCAUCAUUGCAGCCUGAAUUUGAAACAAAGUGCAACAACAUGAAACCCAAGAAACGGUAUAUAGCUACUCAGGGUUGCUUGCAAAAUACAGUUAACGACUUCUGGAGAAUGGUGUUUCAGGAAAAUUCCAGAGUCAUUGUAAUGACUACAAAAGAGGUAGAGAGAGGAAAGAGUAAAUGUGUGAAGUACUGGCCUGAGGAGUUUGCAUUAAAGGAAUACGGCGUUAUGCGUGUGAGAAAUGUAAAAGAAACUCCAGCUCAUGAUUAUAUAUUGAGAGAACUUAAACUUUCAAAAGUUGGGCAAGGUAACACAGAGAGGACUGUUUGGCAAUACCAUUUCAAAACCUGGCCUGAUCAUGGAGUUCCUACUGACCCUGGCGGUGUAUUGGACUUUUUAGAAGAAGUCCAUCAUAAACAAGACAAUAUUGCAGAACCUGGGCCUGUCGUAGUUCACUGCAGUGCAGGGAUCGGGCGGACAGGCACUUUUAUUGUCAUUGAUAUUCUUAUUGAUGUCAUCAGAGAAAAAGGUGUGGAUUGUGACAUAGAUGUUCCUAAGACAAUUCAGAUGGUAAGAUCUCAGAGGUCAGGAAUGGUCCAGACAGAAGCACAAUACAGAUUUAUAUACAUGGCAGUACAGCAUUACAUAGAAACUUUGCAACGCAGAAUUGAAGAAGAGCAGAAAAGUAAGCGAAAAGGACAUGAAUAUACAAACAUCAAAUACUCCCUCUCUGAGCAGACAGCCGGGGACCAGAGCCCUUUGCCGCCUUGUACACCCACGCCUUUACCAACACCCACCCUUACUGAAAUGAGAGAAGAUGCUGGCAGAGUAUAUGAAAACGUGGGGCUGAUGCAGGCAAAAAGCUUCAGAUGAAUUGAAGCACAAAGCAUUGAUUGCAAAGACUGAUUUGAAUUCUGAUAACAGGCGAGAGAAUGUGAAGAACAGCGAUGGGAAAUGUGCCAUCUGAGAUUUAGAGGCUCUGCCCCUUUAAACAUAUGGUGUCAUGUUCCUAAACCGCGAACAGAGUAUACAUCUAGACCAUCUGAAAAUCUUUUAUGUCCUUUUUUGCAUUGCCUAAUUCGGACUUGUUCAUUCUUCACAACAAGGCAUUUUCAUCUCUACAAUGUAGACCCUUAUUUUAUAGAACCCUUCAUGCAGACUGUUACUCUGACAGAUGUAUCCUCUUAUCCUUCUCUUUAGAGAGCUCCCUGUUCUUAAGGUAUUGUGAACCCUCUGGGUAAACCUAGCUGAUUGGAAUUAUAAGGUAUUAACAUGAAUGCACAGAUAACUAUGGGAAUUUCUUUGUUCUUUCUGAACCACAUGGACUGUGCCCAACAAUAUGACUAUAACAUUUUCCAGUUUUUAAUCCAAACGCCUCUUUCUUUCCAUUGUAUAAUGAACUAUUGUGGAGAUAUCUCCACUUUUAGCAAAUUACUUGUACUAAAAGGUGCUCUUUUUUUUUUUUUUUUUUCCUUUUUCUUUUGCCAUAACAGUGAUCUUAUUUACUUGAGCAGGAAGCUAGCUAGGAAAAAUUGUAUGGACAGAAUCUCUAAGCUUAGUGCCAAUUCUAAAACUUCUACAAGACGUCACUGCUGUUGAUCCCCAGAUAAUGUAUUGAUUGCAGCAUGUUGAGUCUGAUCAUGAAGUGCAGGGAAGCAGAAAGCAUUCAGAUGCACUUUACAAAUGGUUCAGUAUUUUAACCCAUUCUGCUCUGCAAGAGCUCACAAGUCAUUAAAUUCAUAUGUGAUUCCGAAAUGUAUAACACUUCUCCGUUUGCUAGGACAGGUGGAGUCACUUUGAUCGGUUUUAAUGAGAAAGCGGAAUGCCUUAUAUCCGCCGCUACUUACAUCUGUGUUUCACCUUGAAAUACAGUACUCGGUUCUCAUUGCACUAGGCCAUGUUCUUUGGUAGUAAGUGGUGUUUCUUGAAAGGCACCUGUUCUGUACCUUUUUCAUGGCAGGACUUUCAUUAACUUUUUCCUUAAAGUGCCUUUACAAUUGCAACCUACCUGCAGCUUGUACACACUUCAUUUUAUGAGGCUUCUUCAAAGCCGAUUGUACUCUGGGCCCUUUACAAUGAUUGCUGUCUGUGCAGCAGUGCUUCUUUACACUAAUUCUGUUACACUAUUUUACAGGUGCUUUUAUUAUACUUUAUCCUCCUUUUAUUCCAUUUAACUCUGUACUCUUCAUGUUGCUGCUUCUCUUAACCGCUCUGCCUCCGUAUUCUGCUGUAUAGAUUUCUGAUGUUUGCAGCUCCCAUACCAAGAGACAAAAUUCAGAGUGUUAGACACUUUCCCCUGAGUUUUCUUUCUGUAGAGCCCAGCUGAAAAUACACAAGGAUUUUACCGUUAUGACGUGAAAUAUGAGACUCGCCCCUUUGCACAGUGUCACUAAUGUCGUAAAUUAAAAGUGUGAAUGUCCCUUUUUUUUUUUUACAGUUGAAAUUUUCUGAUCUUAAUUACACAAGCUCAACUAGUAUUCUGUAUACUUUAUACAAUGUUAUUCAGGAUCAUUAAUCAUGCAGUUUUACCAAGCAAAACAUAGUAUUUAAGCCAUAAACAUGUCAAAUGAAUGUUAAUGAGCAGGCUUAUUAAAAGGGAAAUUAGCAUAACAAAAGGAACACUCAAAGAGUAAUGCUUCUCUUUCAUUAAUGCUGUUGGUAAUAGUGAUUAAGUGCAUUUCCGUGCUGAUUGACUGUAAAACCAUGGAGUUCUGUUUAAAAUUCACCACAAUUUAAAACCUGUAUUCCAUCUA